AUGUUGAAUUUAUUGCGAAUAACUUUAUUUGUUGUGAAGCCAAUAUCAGUAUGCUGUGAUAUUCCAGAACUAGGUGAUCCAAAACCUCUGGCUGAGUGCUCAAAUAUGAAGCUGCAAGGCCCUUGCAGUGACGUCCAGUGUGUCUUUGAAAAAUCUGGCUUCCUCGUAGAAAAACAGACACUCAACAAAGAAGCGUACAGGAAUCAUUUGAUGAAAUGGUUGGAAAGUCAUAAGGAAUGGAAAGAUGGUAUCGAAAAGGCCAUAAACGACUGCAUAAAUGUAGACAUCAGGCAAUAUUUGGACUACCCUUGCAAGGCCUAUGACGUAUUCACUUGCACAGGAAUAGCUAUGUUAAAAGUUGUGUUAGCCGACGUGCCCCCUCACUGUAGAGGACCACCACCUGAUGGGGCCAAUCCAAGAGACUGUUGCAAGUUACCCAAGGUUUUUACUGAAGAAGAUUUCAAAGAGUGCGGUAUUGAAAAACCAUCAAAAGAAAGGAAAGUUCCCGAAUGUUCUAAGCAAAUAUGUCUGUUGAAACGAUAUGAACUAAUGAAAGAUGACACAAAUGUUGACAAAGAUGCUGUGGCGGCCUUCCUCGAUAAAUAUAGCGAAGGAGAUGAGGAUAUGCAAAGUGCUGUGGAAGCCACCAAACAGAAAUGCUUGAACAACGAUCUGCCGAACAUCCCAGAAAUAUGUGAACCGAGCAAAAUCGUCUAUUGUGUUGCAGGCUCCAUGUUAAUGGUCAAUUGUCAACUGGAAGAAAAUAUAAAGCCAGAGAGAUGCUAUGGUGAUGACAAUAUUAUGGAUAGACGCUGUUGUAUUUUUCCACCAUUCUUCAAACGAGAUAUUGCCCGAUCCUGCGGUGCUAGAUUUGCUCUCAUGGAAUUAGUUAGGGAACAUAAUGUGACCACCUUAAGAAGAUCCAAUGCUGAUGAAAAUUGCGAUUAUUGGAAAUGUCUGCUAACUAAAUACGGCAUGUUGGAUUCCAACGAAAAUCUGAAUGUUGAUAAUUAUUUCAGUCACCUGGACAGAUGGUUAACUCUCAAUCCAGAAUUUAAUCCAAUAUUGGUUACCGCUAGAGUUUACUGCCGUGAUUUAAAAAGACACUACUUCCCUCUCACUACUUGCGAAUUUUUUGACUUUCAGCUUUGUAUACGAGGAUACGUUAAUGUGCACUGCCCCUUAUAUAUUCAAUCAAAGGAAUGUAUAGAAUGGAAGGAAUUUUACAACGACUGUAAAGAGUAUUACAUAUAA